AUGUGUAAGGGACACAAACCCUUAUACACGGCUAUUUUUUUGUUUUUCAUCGUACAAACGAUUUUUUCAAUCAAAAUAAUCAGUACACAACAAGGAAGGUUGUCACAAUAUCGCAAAAAUAUUGUUCCAUUCAUCAAUACAUGCCCAAUCGAUGACAAAAAUAGAUUUACUGCGUCUAGCACGAGGAUUGUUGUAGAUAAAGAGGAAAUUGAUGAGUCUUGUGACGUCAAAAUUACCAAAAAGGCUGGGAGGAAACUUAAAAAAAGGCAUCACAAUCCUAAAACCAUAUUCCCAAACUCCCCCUACUGCGCCUGGGACCAAUACACAACACAAGAAGAUGUAUGGAAUGGCAGCAUCCCAACCCUUGGCACGAAUUACACCACGACCCUAACCCAACACGGGUUUGAACAGAUGAUUGUUGAGGAUGGAGUGGAUCCAAUCGCGAAUUUUGACAUUCCUCUACCCGGAGUUAUCCGCAACAGAGACGCAGCGCGGAGAGCCCAGUCAUUAUUGCCCCCAUCAAAACUCAAAAGUUUCUAUGACGCGCCAGAACAUAUAAAGAAAAGGCUCCUAGAUCCCACUUACCAGGGCUACCACUCCGUGUUGAACAAUCGCAAUUUCCAUCAGUUCUCGCCUGAAUUUUACUACAAGCUGAUUGACGGGGAGAUUAAAAAGAGCCAAUGGGAUUAUCCGUCCGUACCAGAACCGCCAGAUAGGCCUGCACUGGAACGUGAUAGGGCUAUACCCUCUGUCCCCUUAGGUUGGAGGAGUUUCUGUGUAUUGGCAAUUCACUUGGAAGGUUCAGAAUUUGAAAAGUGUCACGCUAGACAAUUUAUAGGCCUGCCCCAAGGUCGUCUGGCCUCUGGUCUUUUCUGCGCCGGAGAAGGCACAAAGUUUUUGCAUACCAGGGAAGUUAUUGAUGAACAUGGGCACCUAAUACACUCUGAAUUACCAAUUGAGGUGGAUGAAAGAUUUACUGGGGCAUGUGGCGAGCUUCCAGGCGUGGAUUAUAACUAUUGUCCACCCGCCUUUUCAAACCCAAAUGUUGCCAAUAGGUUCAGCGAAUUUGAGUCUUGUUGGCCUAGAAAAUCUUUAGAAACCAUGAUAUCCACUUUGUCUCCAUCUCAAAUUGCUUGGGCUAGACUAUCGACCACACUAGUAAAUGCAACGGCUAAAAUGUUGCGGUUGUAUCGCAUACAGCUUGAAACUCCAGAAUGCCAAAGCAGCAGCACCAAUGAUUAUGAUACAUCUGGCGAAAAAGUCGUAAAAUCAAUAUCAGUUGGUGUAUUGUAUACUUUGUGCGCGCCUACUUAUCACCACGCUCUACAAUUUGUCUCUACUGACCCAUUCGCUAGGUCCCGGUUGUAUUCACAAAUGCAUCUGUUUGAGUUCAUUGAUCAUACCAACUCACAUUUUCUGUUGGGCAAGCAAUUGACUGAUCAAGCAUUUAGGCAGUAUCUUAUCUUCGCCCGGAAGGUACCGGUCAGCUUAAACAAAGGUGGCUUGCAAUCAUUGCGUGAUUCAACAAUGAGAUUCCUUGUGCGUUCAAACUGUGUACAAAUAAAUUAUGAGUUGCACAGGCCUUUUUUGGAUAAAUUGAGCGACUUGAAUAAACAUUUCAUACAGCUGUUGCCAAUUACUAAUGAACAGAAGGCGCUAUUAUCUCAGACAGACCAUGUACCAUCACACAUUAAUAAAAAAGACGGCCUUGUCGAUCAAAUAGACAAGGAUGCCGGAGAAAUGUAUAUGAUCAACGGGAUGGAUAUAAAAGAGGCUUAUGAGUGGGCUAAUAGGUUACCAACUUGUCGUGCCGGUCUCUACGAUUCGUUGUUUGUCAGCCGUGUUGAUGAGAUAGGGUUUUACCCCCAAAAUGCAGUGCUGAGUGCUCCUGUACCUACGCCUCCGACGUUAAUUCCCAUGGCUCCAGAGUAUGUACGUGUAUCUGUGGACCCUAUUAGUCAGUUUAUCCAACGAUAUGUGCAAAUAGGCACGGCGCUAACACCUCCAAAAAAGAUUUCCUGUUGUUAUAAUAUUGUUACUGAUAGUGUAAAGGAUGGGGAGAUAGGGGAAAAUUUUGUGAAAUUAACAGGACAACCGCCAAAAAAAUUUACUGCACAAACGUUAAGUGCCAAAGUAAUCGCGUCCAGGCAUGUUAACUCAAAAAUUCUUAAUCAAGUACUCAGUGAUUAUGCCCCGGAACAAUUGGAUAGGGCAUUCUAUUUGGAAUAUCUUCAGCAAUUUUACUUUAUUCAACUGUCAAAGGGUCGAUACUUAUGCCAGCCAAAGCCUUUUUCAGGGGCAAAUCAGGCUGGGACUUCAGCAUACCAACUGACAAGCUUUUCUGCCUCCGAUAUGUGCCACAUGCCGGAAUAUCGCCCACAGGCUAUUCCUGGACUUUGGAUCAAAAAAUCGUCUGUGGGAACAGUCUACCAUAACGUUAAACAGGGAGUACUUGAGUGGUUUGCCCACAAGAUCGACCCAAUGAAACUGAUGGUGAUUAGUGGGUUGGUUGAGGAUGAGGCGAGGAGGGGUACCCAUUUGCAGUCUGAUUCGUUCUAUCCUCCAUUUAUGAGGAGCCCUAGGGCGUUGAGGAGUAACUUAUCUAAAUAUGAUAUUUUGUAUGGGUUGUUUGGACUUUGGAACAGAGGAAUCGAGUACUAUGCAUGCCACAGAGAAGAUGAGUUACCUCCUGCCUUAUCAUGUUUCUCUUACACUGAAGAGCGGAGCCAUUUGUUGCAAAGGCAUCCCAAUGCCGCUUAUGAUAUCCAGUUGGAUUUUUUAGAACGGUAUGAACGAGGCUUGGUCGGGAUGGAAGAUGAGCCUCUCAACAUAAUGGCACGUAUAAAGGACCCCAAGCCACGCAAAACGGGUUUGCCUCAAGUGAUUUUUAAGGCCUGGGAAAAUGAAAGCACGACAAAGCAAUUCUGGCCUGACGAUGAUUUGCCUUUUUAUAUCACAUAA